AUGGCAAGCACGAACUCAUUUGAACAUCUGCUUCCUCCAAGCUGGAAGACUCAAGUGAAUGUCUGGUUGGGGGAAGACACUCCUUCAUUUGAUUACGGAGGUUAUGUUGUCGGUGAGGCGCACAGGGAAGCGUUCCUGUUCGGGAAGGGCAAGACUCCGGCCGUCCUUGCUGGAUCGCCGUUCUUCACUGAAGUGUUCGCUCAGCUUGGUUGUGAGGUUAAGUGGCACGUCCAAGAAGGGGAGACGUUUGAACCUGUAAAGCAUGUCGCUACAGUCAGCGGGAAAGCUCGGCAUCUGCUGCUCGGCGAACGUGUCGCCUUGAAUAUGCUUGCUAGGUGCAGCGGUAUUGCUACCAAAUCAAAGCGGGUGAAAGACCUAGCUAGAUCGUACGGAUACCAGGGGACAAUAGCUGGGACUCGCAAGACAACACCAGGCUUCAGGUUGGUUGAGAAGUAUGGCAUGCUCGUCGGCGGAAUCGAUCCACAUCGCCAUGAUCUUUCCAGUAUGAUCAUGCUGAAAGAUAAUCAUAUCUGGUCAUCUGGCUCCAUCACGGCGGCGAUACAGCAAGCUCGCGCAGUAGGCGGUUUCACCCUUCUGCUGGACGUGGAAGUUCGGAACGAGGCAGAGGCAGAUGAAGCAAUUGAUGCUGGUGCCGAUGUUAUCAUGUUGGAUAAUAUGGAAGGCGUUGAGCUCGUGGAUGUUGCCAGACGCCUGAGGGAGAAGUGGAACGGCAAGCGGAAAUUCCUGUUUGAAUCUAGCGGUAACAUCACAGAAUCGAAUCUUCAAGAGCGAGCGAUCAACGAAAUCGAUAUUCUUAGCACAAGUGCCGUCCAUCAGUCCGUUCAGCACAUCGAUUUCAGCUUGAAGAUACAGAUGCCAGAUCACGCGUAA